CGUCGCAGACAAGAACCCGGAAGUCGGCCUCGGAUACUGGAGUUCUAACCGUCUAUGGUGCGGGGGGGAGGGGGAAGGCGGAAAGAAACAAUAUAAUUCUUUUCUCCCACCACCACCACCGUUAAGAGUUGAAGAAUGGCGCAAACGGACUUCCCAAAUGUGACCCAUGAUGUAUUCAAUUUCACCCUUCAUACCACCCUGGCCCUCACUACAAAACUAGUGCUUCCUACACCUGCCAAACCAAUCCUUCCAGUGCAAACUGGCGUCCAGGCUCAACAGGAAGAACAAUCGAGUGGCAUGACUAUAUUCUUUAGUCUCCUUGUACUAGCUAUUUGCAUCAUAUUGGUGCAUUUAUUGAUAAGAUACAGACUGCAUUUCUUGCCAGAGAGUGUUGCCGUUGUUUCCCUAGGUAUCUUGAUGGGUGCAGUUAUAAAAAUUAUAGAAUCUCAAAAGCUGGCCAACUGGAAGGAAGAAGAAAUGUUUCGUCCUAAUAUGUUUUUUCUUCUUUUACUUCCGCCAAUUAUAUUUGAAUCUGGGUAUUCAUUGCACAAAGGGAACUUCUUCCAGAACAUAGGCUCCAUCACCUUGUUUUCUGUUAUUGGGACAGCUAUUUCAGCUUUCAUAGUUGGUGGAGGAAUUUACUUUCUUGGUCAGGCUGAUGUAAUUUAUAAACUGAAUAUGACUGACAGUUUUGCCUUUGGUUCCUUGAUCUCUGCUGUUGAUCCAGUAGCUACUAUUGCUAUUUUUAAUGCUCUUAAUGUAGACCCUGUGCUUAACAUGUUGGUCUUUGGAGAAAGCAUUCUCAAUGAUGCAGUCUCAAUUGUCCUGACAAAUACAGCAGAAGGUUUGACGAGAGAACAUACAUCUGAUGUAAAUGGAUGGCAAACCUUUUUACAAGCACUGGCUUACUUUCUGAAGAUGUUCUUUGGUUCUGCAGCACUGGGGACACUGACUGGUCUUAUUUCUGCAUUAGUACUGAAACAUAUUGAUUUACGAAAAACUCCUUCCCUGGAGUUUGGAAUGAUGAUUAUCUUUGCAUAUCUUCCUUAUGGACUUGCAGAAGGAAUUUCUCUCUCAGGUAUCAUGGCUAUCUUGUUUUCCGGCAUUGUAAUGUCUCACUACACCCAUCAUAAUCUUUCUCCGGUAACACAGAUCCUAAUGCAGCAGACUCUGAGAACUGUUGCAUUCAUGUGUGAAACAUGUGUUUUUGCAUUUCUGGGCUUGUCAAUUUUUAGCUUUCCUCACAAGUUUGAAAUGUCCUUUGUCAUCUGGUGCAUAGUGCUUGUCCUUUUUGGUAGAGCAGUCAAUAUUUUCCCCCUCUCUUAUUUGCUCAAUUUCUUCCGUGAUCACAAGAUCACUCCGAAAAUGAUGUUCAUCAUGUGGUUUAGUGGCUUACGUGGGGCAAUUCCUUAUGCCUUGAGCCUCCACUUGGGCCUGGAACCAAUUGAGAAGCGGCAGUUGAUUGGCACUACCACAAUCAUCAUUGUGCUGUUCACAAUCUUAUUGCUGGGUGGAGGAACAAUGCCUUUAAUCAGGCUGAUUGACAUUGAAGACUCUAAAGCCCGGCGGAAGAACAAGAAGGAUAUCAAUCUCAGCAAAACAGAGAAAAUGGGAAACACCAUUGAAUCUGAACACUUAUCUGAACUGACAGAGGAAGAAUACGAAGCUCAUUAUUUAAAGCGGCAGGAUCUCAAAGGCUUUAUGUGGCUUGAUGUCAAAUAUUUGAAUCCUUUCUUUACCAGACGGCUCACCCAAGAGGACCUACAUCAUGGGCGCAUACAGAUGAAAAGCCUCACCAACAAAUGGUAUGAGGAGGUACGACAAGGACCUUCUGGAUCAGAAGAUGAUGAGCAGGAGUUGCUGUAGCAGGCUGUUGGGUGUGGGUGCUUCUGCUGACAUCUCCAACUUUAAUUUUAAGGCAGACACUCACACGCAUACCAUGUACAACUUGGUAAGGUUGUUGUCAAGUGACUCUUUGUCCAGUAUAAAGUUGUGCCAUGUGCUGGAAUGCAAGAUCAUCUCUAAUGCCAUGUGUUUUUUUUUUAACUCUUUUGAAACUAUGGCCACUUUUCAGGCAGCAGUUAUCCCAAGUACACAGGGAUAAUUAAUGGAUAAUAAGAUAAUUAGAAACAUGGGUGGCACUGUCUGUGAUUUUCUGCUGUAAAUGUACGUUAAAGAAAAUUCUGUAGAAGAGCUUUAAAAAGAAGUUUAGUGCACUUUACUCUACUUUUGCCAAUAUACUGGCCCUGUACUGGAAGGACAAUGCUGUGAAUUUGUAUUGACACUGAACAAAUAAGUGAAUAUUUAAGGCCUAUCUUUACAUUGCUCUUUAAAUAUUUAAUGAACUCAGGGUACAGAGUGACAGAAGACAGAAGCAGCUAAUGAAAGGCCCUUGGCCUUUGGGAUUUCUAAAAAUGAUUGUUCCAAUUUGUUAUUUCUAAGUUUGAAAUAACUUGACGCACAGUUCCAUACCAUAACUUCAGAUCAUUUGGUUCCAGAAUAAAGCUUUAUUUGAAAUCUAUCAAGCUUCAUUUUCAACCCUUCUCAUUGCUUUCCUUUGAGAACAGCUCCACAGCACAACUCUGGAAGGGUGUCUUGAAGCCAGAGCAUAGAAGAGGCAAAUAAGCAAGGAGUUCCUUUCUGGGAAAGUCCAAAGACUGGAAACAAUUCAGCUGCUUUUUUUAUUAUUCCCAGAUUGGCCUUUACAUACUGUCUAAUUUUUUUUUAGAUGCUUGCAGAACCAUAUGUGCUCAUGCAAAACAUCAAUGACUGUACCUUUUUAAAAAGCUGGGUGGGGAACAUUUCUGGAACUUUGCCAUGAAUAUAAAACAUUGGUCGAUGGGAUAUUAUCACACUAAAAGUGAGGGGGAAAUGAUGCAUUUUUUCCACCUGAGUAAAAUUGAGAUAUUUUUUGCAAACCACAGAAACUCCCAUUUAUAUUCCAAACUGGUACAGCCUCAGAAAGCUUAUUCCACAUGAUUUUUCCUCAUACACAAAAGUGUCUCAAGAUUCACUGCAGAUAGAAAGGAAUACAGAGUUGAGACAGACCUCUAGCCACAGUUGGUUGUGGUUGGAGUGGCCUGUCAGCCCUAUAAAACAAAUAUAACUAAAUAUUCCUCGUGUAACUAAUUGUAGCCUUGUUUUUUCUGCCAUGCUGUCAUGACAGAUUGAUAAAGCUUGCACAAACGUUCUCUUACAAACAUGUUCUCAGUAACAUUGUGUAAUGUUGAGAGCAGGAAUGCUGCAGUAGGUGCACUUCAGAUGAAUUUUAAGAUCGAUCUUUAAGCAACCCUUCACUGCUGACAAGAAGAGAUCAUAAGAAAAUUAUUUAAUUCAAAAGAUGUGAAGAGAGGAAGUAAAACCGAGUCAUUCUAUAGGUCUCAAAGGACAACUUGUCUUACUGCCAGAUUCUGCUGGGGAUACAUGCCAGGACUGUUCUGAAGCUAAGUGAAUGAGGAUGCCUUUUCUCCUUUUUCCCCCUCUACAGAGUGGGGACAUAUUGUUAUUUCACAUUGUGAAACAUUAGGCGAGUUUGGCAUUAAAUCAAUGUAUUAAAUAACAUUAAGGCAAGUUGGGCAUUAAGUUAUAUACUUAGUUAUUAUUUCAGUUUAUAUGAUUCCCCAUAUAAAUUCAUGACUCUGGGCAUAUAGGAAUUAAAAACUAUAGAACAACAAAAAAUUGUAUAAAACACUGCAUAAAUAAAAUCAGUAGCUGAGGUAAAAAAAAAAAGCAAAAUUACAGUCAGUAAUUAAUACAACCAGUGCUUUGCUUUGCAUUGAAAUCCCCAAGCUUGAUCACACUAUUACUAUCACUAUUUAGAGUGAAAUUAGCCUUGAAGGUUGCAGAUGGCACAGGAAUUGAUGCUUUAUCAUCCAACUGUGGAAGAAUGCUUGCUCAAUUACCAGUGUGCAAGCAUAGUUCACCCAUCUCUUUGAGGUGUAUACUGUAUUUUGGACAACUAUCUUAAAUGACAAGGUCAAAUUAUUCAACAUCAUGUAAAUAGACCUCUGAAUGUCAUUAAAAAUUACUGGAAUAUAAAUAUAGUAGAAAUGCAGUUUAGCUUACCCAACUAUUUAGACAUAUGUAGACUUCUAAGGAAGCAUUAACACAGAGGAAUCUGCAUUCUAUUAAAGAAGUUUAUUUAGAACUCCUAACCAGUCUCCUAGCAAAAAUAUUGGAUUAAAGCUUUCAUAAUCCCCAAUCAACAUAGCCAAUACAAUAGUAGAAUAUAAGGGUUAGAAGGGACUCGAAAAGCAUUUGGUCCGCCCACCUGACCACUACUAAGCACUCUAAGCAGAUGGCCAUCUACCUUCUAUUUAAACACUUCCAUUGUCUUUUGAGGCAAGUGAUUCUUUUAUUGAACAAUUGUUAAUGUUAGAAAAAUUUUCUGAUUUCCAAUUGAAAUCUGUUUCCUUAUAAUUUAAAUCCAUGGUUUCUUGUUAUAUAUUCUUGAACAAUAUUGAUCAUAAUGUACAUGGCAGAGAUUCAGAUAUCUGAAGACAUCUGACGUUCUUCCACAAUAUACUCAACAAUUCCAAUAACUCCUCAGAACUUUUUCUUUCCAAGUCUCUUACCCCCUUGGUUAUUUUCCUGUGGACACAUUCAAAUUUGUUAAUGUUCAUUUUGAACUGCGGAGCUGGAAUUGGGCAUAAUAUUCUAGGUAUGGACUAGAGGGCAGCAGGUUGGAAAUUUAUGUUGAUUACAAUGUCAGAUAUUCCUAAACUACUCAGUUCAUGAGUUCUAGGAUAACCAUUGUUAUAAAAUAGGUUUGUGAGCACCUUCAUGAUUAAGAUAAAGAUAGUGUAAUAUCCUGGCCAAGCUUUCCCUAAGCAUGUUUUCAUAUGUGUAUGGCUACAACUUUCAAAGUUCUCCCACAAGUAUUGAUUCUGGGAAGUUGUCAUUCCAAUGUAUCUGGGCUACUCCAAUUUGGUAAAGGCGAUUUCUAACUAUAGAUUAUAAAAUAAAUUGUUCUGUAUCUAAUGGAGAAAAGUACAUCUUAUAAAACCUCAGGGCACAUAUGAGGCUUUGUUGAGUUAGCACUCAAUUAGUGGAUAGUGCCAAAGUCUGUUCUUUGAAAAGUCAAGUAUUUUAAGGAAUAAAAUCAUGAUGAAAGCUU